AUCAUUUUCUGAGGAUGGCAGGAAUGGCACGUUUGUCAUUGGUGAUGAUCAUUUCCCUGCAUCUUUGAUGGACCUACCUUGUGUUGUGGAGUCCUAUAAAACUUAUGAUGAUUGUGCACUGGUCAAAACUACGGACAUUGGUCAGAUGAUUAUGGUUAGAGAAACAGGUGACACUGCUCCAGAUGUAGUUGAGUACAGGCAUGGGCUCACACCUCCUAUGAGGGAUGCUCGCAAACGAAGGUUUCGUAGGGAACCAGACCUAAAUCCUGAGCUUGUCCAGCGUGUGGAGAAAGAUCUGGUGAACAUUACUCGUGGAACAGUUGAAAACGCUGAUGUUGAAGCAAAUGAGCAAGAGGAAGAUGGUGAUCAGAAUGCUCGUAAUGCAAGUAAGAAACCUUUGCCUGUACCUGCAGCAAAGCCUGAUGUUCAAGAGACUGCAGCUAAUGCUGAGGAGCCUGAAAGGAGCGAUUCUGACGAUUCUGAUGAUUCAAUGUGAUUAUGAGCCUUUCGUUAUCACAUUGACAAUGGUGUAUGAUCAACUCAGUUGGAAAUAAUGCUAAAGAUGUCUACCCUGUGCUUCAAAGUAUAUUUGUAGAUAGGUAACUUAUAUUUGAUGCCAAUAUUGGAUAAAAAUUUGUUUCUCAGACAAUGCCAGGAGUCUGGCUGUGCGGGCUGUAAGUCCUUGUUUCUUCAAAGUGUAUUUUCCGGAUAUAAGGUCUGUUCGACAAAAUUAAUUAUUUUAAUAGCUAUUAACUACUUUAAUAA